UAAAGGAUAGCUCCUUCCUGCCCACAGCAUUGAGGGCCAAGAGAAUGAGGAUGCAGAAGGGCUGGACCAUGCAGGUAGCCCUACUGGUGCUGGGGCUGCUCAGCCUGAUGACUCCACUUGUUUAUGCCCAGGACCAGAGGUACCAGGAUUUGGUGAAUGAAUUCAUUCAGGAAUACAACACGAAGUCUGGAUCAGAAAACCUCUUUCGUCUUUCAAUCCUGAAUCUGCUGUCUGGGGAAAACAAUGAUCCUGCUGCUCCUCAACUUCUGAGCUUCACUAUGAGGGAGACCGUGUGCCCCAAUACUGAAAAUCGCGAUCCAGAUGAAUGUGACUUCAAGGAAAAUGGGGUGGUGAAAGAAUGUCUUGGAGCCAUUGGUCUGGAUUCUCCUAAGCCCUCUGCUAAUAUUUCCUGUGAUGGGCCUGAAAAGAUCACAAGAAAACGUGAUUUUCCACGAAUGCUUGGGAGAGCAUUGAUCAGAAUCGGGAACCUUCUUUUAAGAGUAUGAAGGAAAAUACCAUUUUCUGUCCCAUUCAUAGGUUAGACUCCUAUGUGAGACUGAGCCUCAGCUUCUGUUUAAGGCCCUGCACUCUGCCUUGCGCUCCUCAGAUUAAUAAACUCCAGUUUUAUUCUCUCUGCCUC